AUGUUUUGUAAAUUAAAUGUACAAUAUCAUACCAUUGGAAUUUAUAGAUUAUUGUGUUGGAGACAUAAUAAAUACACUUUUUUUUUUUCUUCUUUUAAAAAUAAUGAAAAAAAGGAAAAUAAAACUGAAAAUAAUAAAAGCAAACAAGAGGAUUUUUCAUUUGAAAAAAAUAUUAAUUACAUUAAAGAGGAUUUCUUAAAUGAUAGAAAAGAUAAUCAUAAAUUAACUAAUGUCAUAUUUAAUAAAAUUGUAGAUGAAUAUAAAUUAAAUGAAGAAAAAAAAGAUGGUAUAAUAAAAAAAAUUGUUGAAGGAAAUAAUUCCUUAAAUAAAAAUCAAGUAAAUUUAAAAGAAAACAAUGAAUACGAUAUAAGUAAUACUGAAAUAGAUUAUUACAAUACAGAUAACACUAAAAUAAGUAAAAAUGAGAAUUAUAUAUUAACUGAAAAUGAAAUAACUUUUAGAAAGAAAAAAUUAAUUUCUAAUAAUGUAUCUAAUAAAAUUAAAAAAAAUAAUGAACUAACUUGUUCAAAACAAGAUAAUAUAGUUAUCAAUGAAUUAGAUAAAAAGAAUUCAAAAAGAGAAAAAUUACCCAAAUUGAAAGAAGAAAAUGAAGUUAAUUGUACUAUAGAUAAAAACAUAAAUAAUAUUUUAGUAAACUAUAAAAGUAAUAAAUUAAUAUUAAAUGAAAAAAAAAAAAAUGAUCAUUUUUAUAAAAUAUUUUUUUCAUCGAAAAAAGUAAAAAUAAUUAAAUCACAAAAUCAUCCUAUUUUUAUCCAUUUAUAUAAAUUAGCUACCAAUAUGAGUUAUAGAGAAAAGCAAGAAAAAAUUUUAUUAACCAAUAAAAAGAUCAUAUUAGAGAGAGAAAAGAAUCACAUUACUAGAAUUUAUACAAAUAGCAUCAACAAUUUACAAGAUUUUCAUUCUUUUGAUAAUUUUAUAUUAUUAUCAAAUAAACUGCUAAAAAAGUUAUCUUUUUUGUAUUCUUUUAAAAAUGGAGUUUUAGCUGAAAUAUAUCAUAAAUUUCAUUUUGAUAAUGUUGGUCUACCCUUUUUAGCAUUCUGUUUCUAUAAUGUUAAUUAUGAAGGUAAAAAGAAAAAAGAAAAAGAAAUUAAACAAGAGAUUAUAGAUGAGAAUUUAAGAAUUAAUUAUCACUAUAUUAAAAAUAAAAAAGAUACGAGUAAUAUAAAAAAUGAACAUCAAGUAACAAAUGAUGAAACUUUUACUAAAAAUAAUGUAUUUUGUAAAGAUGAAGAUACAAAAAGAAACACAAAUAAUAUUAUAAGUAAUAACAUUGAAGAGAUGAUAUAUAAAAAAGAAGAAGAUUUAGAAUACUUAUGUAAUGGAGAUAUAGGAACUCUAAUAAGAACCUGUUUUUUGUUAAAAUGGCAGUGUAUAUUUAAUAUUGACGAUUUAAGUAAAAAAGGAAAAAAAAAAAAUAGUAGUUACAAAAAUAUAGAUAUCAAUCAAGUUUAUGAUAUUGACUUUUUUCAUCCAUUUACUAUACGAGCAUCAUCUGGUUAUCUAUUAGAUAUACCUUAUAAAAACACAGAUUUAAAUGAAAUAUAUAAAUAUACAAAAGAAAAUAAAAUACUAUUAUUAAAGUAUAAUAGUAAUAGUGAUUUAUAUAUAAAUUAUAAAAAAGAUUCUCAUAAAGAUGACGAAUUUUUAAAUUUGUUAAAGAAAUCAAAGGGUGUCUUUCUUAUAAUGGAUAAUUGUAACAAUAUAGAGAAAAAAUAUAAAUUAAUUCAUAAAAAUUACAUUAAUAUUAGUAAUAAUUCACAUGAAAGUGAAAUUUUUGAUAAUAUUUACUAUGUUAAUUUAAAAAACGAAAGCAAUAAAAAAUUAGGUCUAAUCUCUGCAUAUAGUAUUUUUAUGUAUAUAUUAAAAGUGAAUUAUUUUAAGCAUAUUCCUCAAUCAUCUUAUGUUUAUUUUCAACAAUAA